AUUGCACGUACAUACUGACAGCGACUCGAAGAUGGAGAAGCCAUGCGUCUAUGUGACAUUAUUGACCAGGCUCGAGUACUUGCCAGGGGUGCUUGUCCUCGAGCACACGCUUCGUGCAACAGGGUCAAAGUUUCCUCUCGUGGUCAUGGUGACUUCAGCCCUUUCUCAAGAAGCCAAGGAUAUUCUCCGCCGAAGGCAAAUUCGGACGGAGAACAUUGAAAGCCUCCUUCCGCCCAAGGGACGUCAUGCCUUAGCGUCCCAUGACUCUCGCUUCGCAGACACAUGGACUAAAUUACGAGCUUUCGGUUUGACCAAGUAUCGUCGCGUAGUUCUGCUCGACGCGGAUAUGAUCAUUAUGAGGAACAUGGACGAGUUAAUGGAACUCGUCCUGUCCUCAGGCAACAUCGCAGCCUGUCAUGUCUGUGCCUGCAAUCCUCGCAAGCUAGCCCACUACCCGUCAGACUGGAUCCCAGAAAAUUGUGCUUACACACCUUUGGUCCAUCCAUCAUGUCUCACUUCUCCCCCCGUCAUUACGCCAAGUAGUCCACGCCCUUACACACAACUCAACUCCGGCUUGGUGGUGCUAGAACCUUCGCUGGAGCUAGCCAACAGCAUAUAUAACCAUCUCGCUACUUCACCCAAUAUCCAUACAUGGACUUUCCCUGAUCAAGAUCUUCUGUCAGACUUCUUUCAAGGCAGCUGGACGCCCCUACCAUGGUGCUAUAACGCGCUCAAGACCUUGAUGGUCAUUCAUUCAGCUCUGUGGAGAGAUGAGGAGAUUAGAUGCCUGCAUUACAUUCUAGCAGAUAAGCCUUGGAAAGCAAGAGUCCCUCCGGGUGGUACAGGUAGCGUUUAUGACAAGGUACAUCGGUGGUGGUGGGAUAGGUUCGUCGGACUAAGAGAGGAGAUGCAAACUAGCCAGGAAGAUUGGGCGCUGGUUUGGGCGAAUGUGGCACCAGCCUAACGAGUUCUUGAGAAUGACGAAGCACACUUGCAUGAUAAUACUCAUCCGAUCAGACACACUUUUGUACUCUUACAUUUAUCAUAGACGCCAAGCGACAUGAACUUCGUCG